CGUGGUGCCGCGGCGCUGCGAUCGCAGCUGACAGUCGCGAUUCGAAUCUACGUGAAUCCCGCGCUCAAUGCUCGAGUCGGAGUGGAAGAAUCAAGCGGAGCGGAGUGCGGAGUGGGAGUGUGUCGAUCGUACAUACAUGCCGUGAUGGAUGAAGUUUCGACGAACGACCUAGGAGGUGAGGAAAGUGGAGGAACGUUAAUAUGCGCCGGUUGUCUCAAUGCUAUCGACGAAGAUGAAUUUAUACAGGCAUUGAACCAAGAAUGGCACAUUGAAUGUUUUCGAUGUUCGGCAUGCGAUAUCGGCCUAUCCUCCUGGUACUUUGAAGAUGGUCUACUAUUUUGUAAGGACGACUAUUGGGCCGCUUAUGGCGAAGCAUGUCAGGGCUGUGGUCAGAUCAUCACAGGCCCUGUUAUGCUGGCAGGCGAUCACAAAUUUCACCCAGAAUGCUUUGCCUGUACUUCUUGUGGUGCUUUUAUUGGGGAUGGCGAAAGUUAUGCGCUUGUCGAACGGUCCAAAUUAUACUGCGGAGUUUGCUAUAAACGACAGAUGCAACCACUCAACAGGACAGCGAAUUAUCCCUUUGCUAGAAAACCACACAGCAUUAGAUUGGUCGAAAUACCUCCUAGUACGACAGAUCCAGAUAAACAGAGAGGAAUCAAACUCACAUUAGACACAGCUCCCAGUCCUCGCAGUUGUGGUGCUUUAAUGCGUAUUUCAGAGUUAAUGAGAAAUGUUCGUGGAAAGAUCAGUAAGCUGCUGGCCUCUGUGAUGGAGGUCCUAUUUAGACUAUGCUGCCACUUCUCUAAUCAUAGAUUGAACAUGUCCAGUGAUCUUAUAUCAUUACACAUUGGUGAUCGAAUUUUAGAGGUAAAUGGCACCCCUGUUAAAGAUCAACCUGUGGAAAACAUCGAAAAUCUCAUACAAUAUUCAGACACAGUUUUACAAUUAACUAUCGAACACGAUCCAGAUGCGGUGUCACGACGGCCCACGUUCUGCUCACCGUCCUCGGCGAUGCUGUCAUGUGUCGGCAGUCCCAGGACAAGUCCCGAAAGCAAGGAGCGAUUGUUUAAGCGUCGGGAUGAGGGUUACAUCAGCGGUGCGCGGAGCCGACAAUUACGAAGAACGAGAGAUCCUAUGCAUAAGGAACGUAGUAGUUCUAUGUCGCGAUUACUUGACGGAUCUUCUCCAACGAAUCCUACUUAUGAUCUGAGCCGAACCAGAUCCUUCCGCGUAGAGCCAAAGAAUCAGAGAAUAUUCCGAGCGAGUGAUUUGGUGAAGGGCGAGCUUCUAGGCAAAGGAUUCUUUGGACAAGUAUUCAAGGUCACGCAUCGUGACACGGAUGAAGUGAUGGUCCUUAAGGAGUUGUAUAGAGUGGAUGAAGACGCACAGAAGAACUUCCUAAAAGAGGUUGCAGUGCUGCGCUCGUUACAUCAUAACAACGUUCUUCGAUUUAUCGGUGUUCUUUAUAAGGACAAGAAACUGCAUUUGGUUACCGAGUACAUAGCGGGUGGUACGUUAAGAGCCCUGCUUCACGACACGAACGAACCACUGCCGUGGGAACAGCGUACGUCCUUUGCGAAAGAUAUUGCUGCCGGCAUGGCCUACUUGCAUUCCAUGAACAUCAUUCAUCGCGACUUGAAUUCGCAUAAUUGUCUUGUUCGUGAGGAUAAGACUGUGGUUGUCGCUGACUUUGGUCUAGCGAGGAUCAUUCAGAACGGCAGUUCGCCGGACAAUCGCAAAUAUAAUCGACAUUCCGACGGAGAGGUGAAGGCUUCGAAGAAAGAGCGGAAGAAACGGUACACGGUUGUCGGGAAUCCUUACUGGAUGGCACCCGAGAUGAUGAAAGGCAAUAAAUACGACGAGAAAGUGGAUAUAUUCAGCUUCGGCAUUGUCGUCUGCGAGAUCAUAGGUCGAGUUCAAGCGGAUCCCGACUACUUGCCUAGAUCGUCGGACUUUGGCUUGAAUCAAAAUGUCUUCAAAGAGAAGUUUUGCUCCAAUUGUCCCGAGACCUUUUAUAUGAUCGCGUUCCUAUGCUGCGAUCUGAAUCCGGAUAAGAGGCCACCGUUCGAAGUUAUGGAAGUCUGGCUGGAAGGAUUAGCUAUGCAUUUGUCUGUAGGCGCCGAGUUGCCAGCAGAUUUGGAUUUUGAUAUUAGAAAUUAUAAAGGACCGAGUCCGAGCAGUAGUGAGUCCACGACUCCGGAAACUUUGGCGCCACAGUUGAAACCUAUCAAGGAGGGCCAGGUGCAUCAAGAGAAAAAGCGGUCCAGCGGUUGCGACGAUAGUACACUAGAACGUGAAAUACAGCCUGUACCGACAUCUAAUACGCUUCAGGUGCCUGAAGUCAUUAGUCCGCGUAGCAGAUAUACGAGACAGAACAGCAAAAGUAACGACAGCUCGGGCAAUACGGGACGUUACUCGAGACAAAAUUCCAAAUCAAAAGACUUUGACAAAGAGAAGUCCGACGUUAUGAUCUCACCUGAUUCCAGCGGUUUUAGUGGACGUUAUCUAAGGAAUAAUAAUAAUGCCAAGUUAAAAGAUACAUCUCCCGACAUUCCAAAUACCUACGCUUACUCGAAACAGGAGACGUAUCCGAGACAGAUUGAUACGCGCGCGAGCGAGCAUAAUUUAACCCGAGUGCCCACUAUAGAGAAGAUAAAGUACGUGGGAAACGCGAGUCCGUGUACAGUUUCCGACGCUUCGGAAUAUAUAAUUGACAGUAAAGGCUCGUAUAAAAUUAGCAAUAGCCUAAAACAUAAAUCGACAGAGAAAUCCAACGAUACGAGCGGUUGUAAGGCGAAAUCGGAAAACAAAUUUAAAAUACCGGAUGCAGCGAGCUCCGUUGGCUCUUAUCUACGGCAAAUCGGGAAAUCUAUCGGCGCUAUGGAAAAGGAAAAUAAAGCGAUUAAUAAUCGUAAUGAUAUAAACUGCGGUGACAUCGAUCCAAAGAGAGCAGCCGGCGAAGGCACGAAACCAUCUACCGGAUCGUAUCUGCGAAGGACCAAGAUAUCGCCGACUAAGGAGACCACGAAGAACGCGUUUUCUAAUAAAGAGACUGUCAAAGUUGACGACGUUUCAUCGUUACAGAAAUCGCUGGAAUCGAAAAUCCCACCGAACCAGGAGAAUGUUAUCGGAAAGGAGGAUGUCAAAGAUAGAUUAUCCAGACAGGAAAGAAACGUGUCCGAUGUCGGCAGCAUCUUGUCCAGGCAGGAAAGUCUCACAAUAUUAGAUUGCGCGUCUAAAUACAAAGAUUACUCGCCGUUCAAUACCUACACGAAGGAUGACUUUCGCAAGAAUGACUCCUUUAAAAAACAUAUCUCAGGUCUAUAUCAUACAGACAGUCUUUAUUCCAACUCCAGCGUGUCCAAGUGCGAUGACCUUAUUACACCUAAUAGGCAAAGGGCGAAUAACGACGGUAAUCGUCCUGUUGCAACUGAAUCGAUGGGCGAUGCUAACAAGAGCUCGAGGAUGACUUCUAUUUAUGACAGCGAUUUGAAGACGAAUUGUCUAGCCGAUUAUACCGGAUGCUACAAGGGUAUCGAUAUUUGCAGACAGGACAGUUUCGGCUCCGACAGCGCACUCGGCACUAUGAAGAGCGAUUUCUUCGCGGAUGUCGAUUUCGCGCAGAUGAGGGACGGCAGGCAUACACCGGACUUGUGCCAUACAUCCGAAAGGUGCUGUACACCUAAUCGUCCAACGACGCCAAUAGAGAGUACCGCUUUAUAAAUUAAAACGCGCGAAAAUAACAGCUUUUACGAGAUAACGUCGAGGUAACGUGCGUAAUCCCUGACGAUGAUUGAAUCUCGUUGUUACUAAUUUGAUCUCUUUAUUCAUAAUAUGUAAGUUUCGAACAUAUAACGUGCUUAGUUUGCAGUA